CAUGGCGGAAGAGGAAAAGUCUCCUCUGCUCGAGGGGCUGGAGUCGACAGAUGUGAAUUACAGAGGCCCGAGGGAAACCGUGAGAGAUCUGUACCGACGGGGCAAUAGAUUAGGUAUCAAUGGGCAAUUCUCUGUGGAUAGCGACCGGUCGAUCAACAUCAGUAGCAGUAAUUCGGUGCAAAAUCUGGCCGAAGUUGACCAUAUCGUUGCCAUCUUCGUGGUUGCUUUCGACACAAGAUCAGGAAACCUGAUAGAAUGGUGCAUGCCGGAGGAUGCCGACCUGGAAGGCAUUGAAUUCAAGGCCAUGACAAGCGGAUCGCAUACGUUACACAAAGACUUUGUCUACUUCAAAAAGGACUCAUUUUUUGGUCUUGCGUGCUUCGAGAACAUGAAAGUUGAGAGUGAGAUUGAACGUGGUGCUCGCAUGAAGUCGGUUGGUAUUCUCUCCACGUCGUACACACUCCUAUAUCGGCACAUGCAGUUUUUAGAAACGCAAGUCAGGCAUUUAUUAUGUAACCCUGCGACGUACAACCAACUGCAGUCAUUUUAUGACAUGCGAAAUAUCAAAAAUAUUAUACAUCAGUUAGAAGUUCCUGGUAAAUACAGUCAACUCAAGGCAUUCUACGAGGACAAGAAAGGCAUGCUUCCAUCUAGUAUAUCAAUCGACAGUAUAAGAUUUGCUAGUCCUGCCUCGACACCAAGUAGUGAAGUACUUCCAGAAUUAAAAAUAACACAUCCUGCUGGGUGUUUUUCACAAUUUAUGAAAUUCUUUGGCGAAAAUGUCUUCACUCUCUGGAAGUAUGUGCUAUUACAGAAACGGAUAUUAUUUUUCUCUCCACCACCAAUAGGAGUGGUAUGUUAUCGAGUUUACUGCGGAUGUUCGUUAGGGAAUCAUAGCAUGCCCGAGAUGAUGUCAGGCCGUGAACCAAAACCAUUUUUCUAUGUGAACGUAGCUGAUAUUGAAACGUUAGAGUCGGAGGUUUCAUAUAUUGCUUGUACAACCGAAAAGAUCUUUGAGAGCAAGACCCACCUCUAUGAUGUGUAUGUGGACAAUCAGAAUCUGACGGCCAAUACUCCUGCUUUGAAGGAACUACUUAAACCUAGUGAUGCGGACAGGGAUAAAUCAGCCAAACUUAAUAAUCAGAGAUCUGCUCACUUGUUUUCCAUGGAAGAACUUGGUGAGGAGAACGUGAUGGAUGAAGAGGAACUAUUUACCUCGUAUUUUACCGAAUUGAACAACAGACUAUUCCAGACUCUUCUAGACGUUGCAGGCUCCCAGGACCGACAGCUGACAUCUGAUCACAUGAGAAACAUGGGGCUGGAUCCAAUCGGGGAUCGGCCGUUCUUAAUGGAGUUGGUGGAGACUUACGGUAUUGAUGUGAUGUUGAUGGUGGACAAUCCAUGCUGUCCUCGAUGAAAUGAUAAAGGAGAUUCUGGCAGCAUCUUCUAAAACUCUUUCACUCCCAUCGAGUCCUCAUUGUGUGUCUGCCAGGACCUUAGGGGCCUAAAGUUUUGUCAGUAAAAGAAAUCCGAAUAAAGUAAGCCUGUUGGCUGGCGACUUUCUCUUUUCUCUGAGCUCUUAUAUUACGCGACGUGAUGUCAUCGUGUGAUUGAGUGGUGACAUUGGCGCAUGUUCGGAGAGACUAUCAACGAAUUCAUUGAUUAAUUUAUCACAGAAUUUUGGUGCUAUAUGUAGUUGUAGGGUUUUGUUUUACUGACAAAAUGUUUAAGCUCUUAGCUCCAGUUACUUCAUUAACUGAUAGGAGGCCAACAUAUGACCAUUCAGAGGUUUAAAAUGCCAUGAAUUUUGUAAAUAUAGUGCAAUAGCCAAUGUGAAUAACCAGAGUUUGAUCCAAGUACAAAACCUUGUUAGAGGCGUAUUUUAAACUUGUUUCAAAACCUCAUUAUGUUGUGUAAUGCUCUUCCAAGUGUUCCAGAGUUGCAUUUAAUUCUAAAAUGAGAGGUUUACAUCAGGGAACAGGAUAGCCAGCUGGAUGAGUCAAUUGGCAUGUAUGAUUGAUAUCCAGCUGGAAGAGUAAGUUGAGCAUCCUCCCUGGAUGUUGAAUAUCUGUGAGAUAUUGUCAAGAGCCUGCUUGGUUAGGCAUCUCUUAUACAGGAAUUAUGAUACAAGUGUUGUGGACUUAAAUGUCUGUUGGUUAAACUGUACAUUUGGUUGUCUUUAUAAGAUUGAUAAAUGUUGAAAAGUUUAUGUAAAUAUCUAUGUAUUGAAUUUGAUAUGGAUGUUAAAAUAUGGUUAAAAAACCAGUGUCAAAUUGUAGUUAUAUUUUUGGCAGAUUGUGUGUGCUGAGAAAAAAGGGCUGUAGUGCUUCACGACAUAGGACUGUUAAGGGUUCAUGGAAAUGUAGUGUUGAUUGGCUCAUGCUCGUUUGGUGUACUUUAGUACACUAUCUCGAGGGAGGCUUGGUUUUGUGAAUAGCACAUGAACAUAGUUGUACAAAAGAUAUACAGGUAUUUAUUGAAAGUUUAGUGAAGUUAUUUUCUUUCUGUGUUGAUAUCAUCUAAAUAAAGAUAUUAUGGGGUCAAGGAUAAUGGUGUAAAUUGGACUACAUGAUGAUAAUGAUUACCUUGGACGGUUCUGCCAGAAUGUUGGUACUAACAGCUUUGUAGGAACACUUCUCCCAAUCCGGAAGUCUGUACAACAUUUGCACAAUUAAUCAUUGUGUGGGAAUGAGAAAAUGGGACCAGUACUUUCGCACAAAUUUUUCUGCAAGGUCUUUGAAAUAUUUUGUGAAUUGUGUGAAAGAGGAGUUUUUAGUUACUGGGGGAUAACCUUUCACUUAUUCUCUCUAUUUUCUCACAUCAUUCACUUUUCAUAAUAUGUUUAUUGUCUGUGUCUGUCUAGUCAUAGUUAUCAAUGUGAUGCUUGUCCAGUAAUUUUUGUUAAUUGUUCAUCAAAAUCUUGUCAGCUGCUUGCUGACAGUCAAACCCCUGUUGAGAGCUCGCUUUGGCUGGUCACUCAUUGACUUCUGAGAUGUUGCCUAGCGUAGAAGGGAGAUUUUAUAGAAGACAUUCUUUGCCAACAUCUUUUGCAAAGAUAUCACGUGCUUCUUGAAGCUCCUUGCUGCAAGCGCUUAAAACGUACAAUUUCUUUAAACUGCUGAGUUGCUUAUUUCAGUUAUUUAAUUAUAAUAUAGUCAAUGUUCCUCAAAUUAUUAGUUCACAAAAUGACAUCUACGUUUUGUUACAUCUUGUACAUGUAGUAACUGUUGGAUAUCAGAAAAUAAUAAAAUGUGAUUUAAAAGUUAUUUGUUUA